AAUUAUCCCCAGAAAUUAGGGUCAAAGUCAAUUACGCUUUCCUGUUUCUUGCUUACACCGUUUGCAUGCGGAUCUUGACAUCUGUAUCUCUGUCUCUCCUCUUCUCUCUAACCCAUCCACACGUUCUCAACUUAGUAGAUUCAACUCCCAACUGUAAUUUCAAAUUCAACCCAGAUCUCUUCCUCCAUGGAAAUGGUUUCUAGCCCUCGAACCGUCGAGGACAUCUUCAAAGAUUACAGUGCUCGAAGAGCUGGUCUCGUUCGUGCUUUGACUUCUGAUGUGGAUGAAUUCUAUGGCCUCUGUGAUCCGGAGAAAGAAAAUUUGUGCCUUUAUGGGCAUCCAAAUCAAAGCUGGGAAGUAAAUCUUCCAGCUGAGGAAGUUCCACCAGAGCUUCCAGAGCCGGCACUUGGGAUUAAUUUUGCAAGAGAUGGAAUGGAUCGCAAAGACUGGUUAUCCUUGGUUGCAGUACACAGUGACUCGUGGUUGCUUUCAGUGGCCUUUUAUUUGGGAGCCCGUCUUAAUAGGAAUGAAAGGAAACGACUAUUUAACAUGAUUAAUGAUCUGCCGACGGUCUUUGAAGUUGUAACAGAGAGGAAGCCCAUUAAAGAUAAACCCAGUGUGGAUAGUGGAAGCAAAUCUCGGAGCAGCACAAAGAGAUCAAGUGAUGGACUGGUGAAAAGCACUCCUAAGCUCAUGGAUGAGAGUUAUGAGGAUGAAGAAGAUGAACAUGGGGAAACACUCUGUGGCAGCUGUGGUGGAAAUUACAGUGCAGAUGAGUUUUGGAUUGGCUGUGACAUCUGUGAGAGGUGGUUCCAUGGGAAGUGUGUCAAGAUAACACCUGCAAAAGCUGAGAGCAUUAAGCAGUACAAAUGCCCAUCUUGCAGCAUGAAGAAGAGCAGGCAGUAGUCACUUAAUCACCAGAAAAAGAAAGGAGAGGAGAUAAGGAAAUGCUGUUUCAGUGGCUGACAAAGUAGCAUAGCAGCAUUACCAUCAAGUAAUGUAAUAUAAUUAUUUCGUUAUCAAAAUGCUUGUUUAUGGUAGAUGCUAUCAACCAAACAAAACUUCUUUCAUAAAUGUUAGCUCAUGUACUAAAAUUCUCUAAUUCAUAGAAGUUUUUGGCUGAAAUGGAACUUCGUUGUCCA